UAUUAUAUGUAUGUACACAGUAGGAUAGGCAAUAUAUACCUUGUAGCUACAAUGGUAAAACUACGUACUGGACCUGUUACCAACCAUAUAAAGGUGUCGCAUGGCGCGGACACACACGUGAACAAGUUCUACCAUACGAGGUAUGGUACAGAAUUCGGCUGGCAAAAUUAUAAGCCACGAACUGGUCGACAUGUGGGUACCGGCUACUCGUCAAACUUUAGACCGCAGAUAUAUUACACAAGGUCGUUAGAUAACUUUGACAACCCAGUUAUGGGAUUUCUGUUGACCGAUAACUAUGAAACGGUCACAAAAAGACAUUUCCGGGAAGCAAAAGAUUCCGAUGGUAAAGACGAACUGCCUAGCGUUGUUGUGAAUAAACAGGAAAGUGGAUUCAUACGAGAAAGACCUUUAACUGUACCAACCACGACCGAGGUUCGCAAAACGUUUUACGACAAACGGCUGUAUGGUGGCAACAGCAGACCAGGUUUAGUGCCCAGACAUCGAGCAUUGCUGCAUAAAAUACAACCGAAAGAUCCCGUUGAACAGGAAAAUAAUGACCACGGCCCGGCCUAUAUGAGAAGUGAGACGUUUUCUAAGUUUUUAGGAGAGCCAACUGCCCCGCUUGAUGUACAUUACAAAGACGUGGGCCCAAACGAAGAUAGUGGAUUUACACACAACAAGAACAUUGAACCAAUUACUUUCCGUGAAGACGACGACCAUAAGAAUAUAGUCUCGGGUUCCCUGACCGAUAGACCCACAGGUGUAAGCGUGACAGACACAAGUUUUAAUCCAUGGUUUGACGCCAACGGUCGUGAACCGCUCCCUAGCAUUACCCAGCGGUCGUCCCACAAGACCGGCUUUGUCCGCGAGAAAUCAAGAGAGCUAUACUCGUGCAAAAACCCACGUAAAGCGUUCACGGGAAUACGAGAAGUUCCACCGCUUGUGGCUGAACGAAUCAGGAAGAAAGAUCCAGCUGAAUAUCUUAAUCUACUUCACCCACAUAAUAAAAAAUCCGUCACCUUUGCCACAUAUUUGGGGAAACAAAAAAUGGACCAAAGCGAGGAAGAACUACUAAACCGAGAUAAAAUGGGCGACCAGGAACUUACCGGGCAUUGUAGAAAUAAUGACCGCUACCUGGAAACUGAGGAUACUGACCCACAACGUUAUCUAACCAACUACAAUCUAAGACAUUUCGACAUGAAUCCUGAAGGCAAAGACAGGGAAGGCUGGGUUAUGGGUGGCGUGCAAAACGCUGAAGAAAACGGUUACUGUCGAGAUUUCUGCGUUCAUUCAAUGGGACGAGUAGAAGACAUGACACGAAAGUUACAGAGACUACAACCCUACGUUGCAAGGAGCAUAAAGAAAAGAGACACCUUCUUUGUGGACCAUACUCACCAACAUAAAGUCACACUGGAUCCACCGAUGCCACCAAACAAAGCACCUCUUACAAUUGCCACCUUAUCUGGCUGAACCACAUAUAUAAAACAACUAUAUAGUAGGUUGGGGUAACAUGUUAUAUGUUUUCAUUCUCUUUCAUCGUCCAUUUUGGUGGUAUAUAAAAAUAUUUACAGGAUUGUGUAUAACCGUUGCGUAACUUCUUACGAUUGUGGUAAUUGUCAAAAUACGAUGAAGAAAUAGGGAUACUAUUUCCUAACGAUAUUCAUUUACCCCACACCCCCCACAGACGUACUAUAUUUGAUACAUAUUUAACGCUUAUAACGUUUUAGAAUUUAUAGGCUAUCCUUUUUGCUUUUAUUUAUCCUUGCCUAAGACACGGAUCGUGCAAAUACGUACCAAAGUUAAUUACAGAAAUGCCUACAUUAGGUUAAAAAUGGAAGCAGCGAAUUUUUUUCCAAUAAAGUUAACUGUAGAUCUAAUAGCACUGCUUUCUCGUUGUCUUGUUAAUUGUAAUACAGCUUUUCAAUAAACGUUCAUGGUACAUUUU